UUAUCUUUAAAAUAAUAUUCUUAUUUCAUGUCACUGUCACCGUAACGCGGAAACCAUCGCAUUUGUCUAGCAACCCUUGUUAGCUUUUUGUAUACUGUUUACUUUAUUCUAAUGUAUGUUAUGGAAUAAUUAGAAAAAUGACAGUAGAUAAGAAAUACUCACCCAGAUGUUUUCUGGAUAUUGAAAUUGAUGGAGAGUAUGCUGGUCGAAUUGUCAUCGAGUUAUUUGCUGAUGCCUGUCCCAUUACUUGUGAAAAUUUUCGGGCUCUCUGCACUGGUGAAAAAGGCCUUGGUAAGACCACUGCAAAGCCUUUACAUUACAAGGGAGCGCCUUUUCAUCGUGUGGUGAAGAACUUUGUCAUUCAAGGAGGAGAUUUUGUGGCUGGUAAUGGAACUGGUGGUGAAUCCAUUUAUGGGGGACAGUUUAAAGAUGAAAACUUUGAUAUUCCCCAUGACAAACCAUUUCUUCUUUCCAUGUCAAACAGAGGCAAAGAUUCUAAUGGAUCACAGUUUUUCAUUACAACUAAUACAGCUCCACAUUUGAAUGGGAAGCACACUGUAUUUGGUGAAGUGAUCAGUGGCAAUGAAGUGGUCACAAAAAUAGAGAAUAUCAAAACUGACCAGAGCUGUCGUCCUGUGAAAGAUGUCAAGAUUUCUAACUGUGGGGAACUUGUACUUAAGAUCAAGCAAAAAAGCAAGAAAGUGACAGAAUCAUCUUCAGGUUCAGAAAGUGAAGAGGUUAAAGAGAAAAAAAGAAAGAAGAAGCACAAGCACCAGAAAAAGCACAAGAAAGAAAAAAAAGAACGCAAGGAAAGCAGUUCUUCAAAAAAGGUUGAAGAAGAAGGGGGCUUGAUAGUAGAUCCAGAAGAGAUUCCUUCCAUUCCUGUUAAUAACUUUCUCAUGAGGAGAACUUCCCCCAACCCUAGGGAAACAAAUAGAAGGCAGUCUUCUAGAGAUUCAUAUAGCUAUCACCGUCCAGCUCGUUCUAGAUCGGGUCGAAAAAUCAAAGGAAGAGGCUUCAUGCGGUACCGCACCCCAUCUCGAUCCGCCAGUCGCUCUGGCAGUGAGACACCUCCACACUGGAAACAAGCUCAGGCACGACUACGCAACAUUAAAGACGUGGUAUUGCCAGCCAAAGGCUCUCCACUUGAAGAAAACCCAUUGCCAGAAGACGAAGAAGAAGAAGAAGAUUCUGUUCCUAAGUCAAACCUGUUAAGCAGUAGGCUUGGAGUACCCUUGAAAUCUAAUGAACAGUUAGGCCAGAAGGAUGCCCGAAACAUCAUGCGGCAGAAUCGCAGACGCAGAGAUUGGAGUCCAGAUACAUCUCCGCCUCCAAACAAUAAAAGUUCUAGCAACUGGGUAAAUAGUGGUUCACCGCUUAGAAGUACAGUAGUUGUAGCAUCAAAUUUCCAGAGAGAUACUGAUCGCCAUAACUACAGGAGAAAUGACCGAAGGGAAGGUGACCGUUUUGGAGAACACGAUUCCAGAUCUGGUCGCAAUGCAGACCGAAAGUCUGAUGCCCAUGGGAGUCGCAAAGAGACUGAGAGAUUUUCUGGAAAUUCUAAAGGCAUGACUGAGGCUCAGGAGACGCUUAGAUAUGAUAAAGCAUCUGCUAAUUCAAGCAAAUUCAAUUCAAAUAAAGAAGAUGUCUCUAAAACAUCAAGUGAAGAAGUCAGAGAUAGAAAGAAACAUUUCAAGUCUCUCACCAGUGAUCUUUUCAAGUAUACUAAUGAAAAGAUUAGGGUGUCAGAAUCGAGUGAUGAAGAGGGAUUGAUAAAAGACGAGGCUGCAAGAAGGAGAAGAGAUAGCAAAAAGGAGGAGUCACCACAGAAAAUUUCACGAAUUCAUUCUGAGAAAAACUCUGAGGUACAGGAUAAUGAUUUGUAUCAAAAGGAUUCGUCGCCUGAAUCAAAAAUUCAAGAGUCCAUUAGAGAAGGACAGAAAAAGGAGGUCAUAAUACCUUUUUUGUCCGAAACUGAAGAUACAAUUCCUGAAAUCCCAGAAAUCCGUUCACCAACAAAAGAGGAAACUGCUCCUUCUUCAGAUGCCACAGAUACCUCUACUUUACAUCGUAAAAUUGUCAUCCCAGGUAUAUGUGACGAUUCUAACUCAAAUGAUGUUUCCAUGGAGUCUGAACCUCCACAAUCAAAUAAAGAUUCCACAACUGUGAACAAAGGUGAUACAGUUUCUGAAGAUAGAGAGACAGAACAUGAGAAGAGACGCUGGGAUGUGCAGCAAACAGUCUUUGAUUCCAGGCUACCAGAUGUGAUACCUUUACCUGAGGAAACACGACCGAAUAGGAGCGAGGAAAAUGAUGAUGAUGAUGAUACAGUUCCAGAGAUGAGUAGUCCCAAAAGAUUUGGAAAUAGCAGUCCUGCUGAAAGAGCUUCUCAAAGUGAAGAUGCACCUCCUGUGAGACCUACCAGAGAGAGCAAGUCAGAUUCUGAAGAGACCAAAAGAAAGGAUCGUUCCAGAAGCAGAAGUCCGAUCUCCAAGCAGUCUUCAUCGAAAAGAAGGGACAGAUCAAGAUCAUCUACGAAAAGGAGAUCAUCCCCUUCUCCUGACAGAAGACGACGAAGACGUUCAAAAUCAAAAUCUCCUUCUCGCUCAAAUCCUUCUAGAAGGCCAUACUCUGGAAGGCGGUCCAGAUCUGUUGAACGAAGAAGAAGUCGGUCACCGAGGAGAGCUCCUCGUCCUCCUCGGUAUUCUGAUCUCAGAAACCGCAGCCCUGACAGGAGGACAUAUAAAAGACGAUAUGGAAAAAGUCCCCAGGGUGUGAGGGCCAGGCUGGGUGGAAGAAGAUCUCGAUCUCGUUCUCCAGCAAGACGCAGACGUGGUAGGAAAUCCAGUAGUAGUAGUUCCCGAAGCAGCUCUUCUUCCAGUUCCAGAAGGGAUCGGAGGAAGAGGAAACGGGGUAAACGUUCAUCUUCGAGUAGUAGCUCAAAGUCAAAGAGCUCAGACUGAACUUUUAAGAUUUAUUUCGAAUUUUUAUUUUAAAAUAAAAAGAGACAUUGCAUACACUCUAAUGUGAAUCAUCUUUAUGGGACAAAAAGAAUAGAAUAAUGAAAGCUGUUCGAGUGAUAAACAAUCUAUGGUAAUAUGUAUGGUAUUUGUAGUUAUCAUAAAAUGAUUAUGAAUUAAUUAUUGUUCAUAA